GAGUGCAGCAAGGAACAGCAAGGGCCAGUGCCAAGCCAAGUUCAUUGGGCCGUCCAAAGUCUAGAUGCAGAAAGUUCCAGGGAAGAGCAGUGGCAACUCCUUGGCUAGAGUGGGAGACAGGUGAUUGGUGUCACCCCUGUCAUCACGCAUCCUCAUGAGCAUGGACUUUUAGGCAGCUGCACUCUGUGGGGUUCAGUAGGCUCUUGGCAACUGCCUCCAAGUCCAAGAGGAUGGACCCUGUCCAUCUUGAGGGACAGGUCCAAUGGCUCCCUCCCCUGAGACUCCUGCUUUCCCCCGAUCUCCAUCAAGGACCAGGCUCUGAGGAGAAGCCCUCCUGUGAGGCCUUGAAAUGGAUCACGUGGCAGAGGAGAACCCAUUGACCCUUCUGCACACAUCCGUGUGCAUCUCUGCGAAAGAUUUGUGGCUUGAAAGAGAAGGUGACCUUUCUUGUGUGUCAAACGGAGGAAAAUGGCAUGUUUUUGUUGGCAGCGGGCAUGAAGCCAAGUAAACAUUAGUCAAUCCAGGCUAGGUACAAAAUUAAGUUAUACUUUUGUUUGCUGGCCUGUGCCAGAGGCUGGCUUUGAUCUUGGGAGACUUUUCUCCAAAUGGAGUUUGGCAGUUUUUCCAUUUGUUAGCUGCUUCAAAUGGAGAGGGUUAUAAUAACCACCUUGUGUGGUAGUGAUCUCAAACAGAUGACAUUAUUUGGGUAAUAAUAAAUGAGGAAAGGUAAACAUGCCUGAAUCAAAAUAACUCUUUCUGGACUCUGAGCAGUGGUGCUGUUGGAAAUGGCUUGCCUUCCUGGGUUACAGGAAUUCAGCUGCGUUUGCUUUUGCUCUUGCUCUUGCUCUGGAGUUGUUUAACACCACAAAUGUUGGACUGCAACUCAUGAAUUUAUAUUGCUAACAGUGUUUAUUGGGUGGGUAGGUGAAAUGAACUCCUUGACCUGGUCUCUUUUUUCUCCAGCAUAAAAUUGUUAAGAAUAAUUUUUCAUUAGUAUCCCUUGCUAGAAAAAGCAGGUAUUCAGCAUUCCUAUGCCUCCUUUUCCAAGGAUUUCAGGGUACUUUUCUGCAUCUCACCCCAGCUUAUCUUCACAACAGACCUGAGGGGUAGAUGGCUAGGCUAAGAGCAAGUGCCACCCUGAGGUCACCUGGGUGACUGCAUAAUCACCGUAUCGCUUACUGAUGAAGACCAAGUUGGAAGCGAUGACGCUGUUUUUUACCUCGUGUUUACUGGGUCUGCCAUUCAACACUGUGCCAGCACCAGGAAGCUCAGCUCGGGGAUGUUGGAGACCAUUGCUCCAGGACAUUCCUGCUGUGAGACGGUGAAGGUCUCCCUCUGUGCCACGAAGGAAGGCCAGCCCAUUCUGGUGGUGGCUGAGGACCGCUUGCAGUUUGUGCAGGAUGAAGCCCACGACGCAGCGCAGUUCCUGGCCAGCUGUGUUGGCAACCAGCAAGCUCUGAACUUCACACGGUUCCUGGACCGCUCCCGGCCCCCUGCUGGGGACGUGGACUUUCUGGACGAGAAAGUGACUUUGGCGUUUCGGCACCUCAAAUUGCCAGCCGAGUGGAAUGUCUUGGGAGCAGAGCACACCCUGAAUGAGGGCAUUCCCCGGGAGACGUUGAUGCACUUUGCAGCCCGGCUGGGGCUGCUGCGGCUGGCCUGGUUCCUAUUGCAGCAGCCGGGGGGAAGAGGAGCGGUUUGUGUCCCCAACAGCGAGGGAGCUACACCUGUGAGCUUAGCCCUGGAGAGGGGCUAUCAGAAACUGCAUCAACUCCUGACAGAAGAAGGAGCCAGUGAACCAGAUUGCUGGAGCACUGUGUCACACACGGUGCAUUCUGGGGAGUGCUGUGUCACGCACCACCGGGGGCUAGACAUCUACAUUCUGACGACGGAAACGAGAGAGGGAGUGGGACCAAGCAUGGAGAGCGACAUCAUCCUGCUGGAGACACACAUGCAGAACCACCAGCACAUGAAUGCGAGCAAACACCCGCUUCCUGAACAGAACUGCAAAGAGAGCAGUCCGGAUGCUGAAGCUCAGGGCCCUGCAGCUGCUCUGGACUGUGAUCUGGGCAAGGCAAGGACCCAAAGCAGCCAGGGAGAUCUGUCUGUCCUGCCGUGCCUCGACGCAGCGCCCACCCCGGCUCCUGCCCCUGCCUGCCCUGAGGACAGCGACUGCCAGCAACACAAGCAGCUCUCAGACAUGCCACAGGCCUUGCAGGGACUGAGGGAUGCAGAGUGCCCAAAGACUUCCGGUGAGAGUAGAAAUAUAGCUGACAGGUUGCGCAAAGAGGAAAAGGAGGAGCUUCCUCCUGCUGUCGACUCUGGGGCGCUGUUGGUGGAGAAUCGUAGCAGGCUGCACCCGGUCGCCAACCUUUGCCGUGCUGCUGGCCCCCACUCCAGUGGAACUCCAGCUGUGCAAGCUGGAAUGACAUCCUCUGAGGCUGCUUUGGAGCAAGGUGACCCGAAGGACAGCAGGCAUUUCCCCGAGGAGGCGCAGGCUGCUGGAACAAGCACGGGUGAAAGUGCCCCUGAGCCUGUAACUUCCUGUGAACAGGACAGGGAUGUCAUUAUGGGGCAGAGUGAAUGCAGGAGCUGCACAGGAAGUGGCGAAGUGGCUGCCACAGCUCGGCAGAGCCUGGGGAACGGGGAGGGUGAUAACAAGCCCCUGGGAACGGCAGCUGCCCACGCGUUGCCAUCCCUGGCUGCAGCUGGCAAGGAUCCCGAUGUGUCUUUGCUUGGGGAGGCCCCUGAGCAUGCCGUGGAUCUACAAGCUGUCAGACCCAUUGAGGCGAACACAGAUGUUGGUCCCACUGAGAGGGAAGGCAGCCUGCAGAUGUGUUUGGAGACUCCCGACAAUGGUGCAGGGAGUGACUUUGCUCAACGUCCUGAGGAUUGUGUGCUCCCACCCGCAGGGGUCCAAGGCAUGGCUCAGAGGCCAGAACCAGAACUGGUGGUGGUCAAUGAGGAGGGAGGUUUGGAAAUUUUGCCGAAACACGAUACUGCAGCAGAAGUGUGUGAUAACCCAGGGCAGCCACCAGAAGAUGGGAACACGGAUGCUGGGAUAGAUGCUUUGGAUUUGAGCAGCAGAGUGCAGAAUGCUGAUUUUGACGCCAUUGAGAAAGAUGAUAGGCCAAGUCAAUCCUCUCUGGAGGGUGAAGUUUCCUGUGCCAGGGAUGGUCUGCCAAAGGUGGCAGAAGAAGGGCAGGGGGAGCAAAAGCCCUUGGAGUGUCUGCCUUUGGGAACUGAAACCAUCAGCUGUACUUGUAGAGGAAGCACCAGCUUGGGCAGCCUUAACCAAUGGGCCCAUGCUGUGAGCCCUGCUAACAAGGACCCAGCUGGCAAAGGGGAGCAGGGGAGCUGCUCUGAAUUGUGCACAGAUUCUGUGGAUGCCUCCCGGCUGCCCCCAUGCACGGGCAGCCCUGCAGUGUUGUCUCCAGUUGGGUCAGAGCCUCUUUGCAAACACGCUGGGCUAUCAGGAAGCACAGGUGAGCUGGACCGGUUUAGCAAAAGUGCUCAGGAAUUCAUCGCCGUGGCUUCUGCCUUGUUGGUCGAGGAAGCGAUCCAGCAGGCUCGGCAGAUCAUGGCUCACGAGGAUGGUGCCGGAGCGGCCCCUGUUGGCCAGGAGGCAUCUGCGCACCUUGAGGAGCUAGCCCUACCUUUGUGUGGCAAGGGCACCGAGUGUAUUCCAGAUCAUCGUGUAAUGGGCACACCCUCGCCUAUUCAUCAUCAGGAAUCAAAACAAAACCAGGAAGCGGCUUUAGGAGCAGCAACUGGCGAAGUGGCGGCAGCAGAACUGACUGGGCUUGCAAAGGAGGGGAGUCCCGUGUGCCCAGAGCUAAUAGCAGAGGUAUCUCACCGCGACACAGACGAAGAGAAGAGACCUUCCCUGCAGCUGCCUGGCGAGGAGGAGGAGGGCCUGGCCUUGAGAGCUGUUGUGCAAGGUCCUUGUUGUGAUGGUCGAGCGAACGAAAGCAAUGCAGAGGUUGGAUUAAAGGGGAAAGCCUCCAGCCCGGAGGCUGGCGAGAAUGUGAGGGUGGGUACAGAUGGGGAUGUCCUUCAGGGUUCUUCCCGGCUACUGGAGGAUGCCUCUUUUUGCCUUGGUGAGGCCCCUUGUGCUGAUGCCACACUGAAGCUGGCGCCGGAGCUCAGCCUGGCUCUGCAGGAGGUCUCUCACCCUAGCGGAGACUCUGCUUUCAUGGAACCCCCUCUGGUCGCCCACGAGCUACCCCAGGUAGCUGAUCUUCCACAGGAAGUAGAGAAUGUACCUUCCAGGAUCUUGCUUCAGCCAAUUGCUGAAGAGCCUCCGUGUGACGCCGACUCUGGGUCUGAAGUGCUCUCUUUGGCCAGGGAGGGUGAAACCCAGCCUAAAGUUGGAGCGGCCCCGCCAGAUGCCCAGGCUCUGUCCGAUGAGGGCCAAGGGGAGGGAAGCCGAGCGGAGCCAGAAUUGCAGCUGCUGCCACCUUGUCCCACGGUCGAGUGGCUGAGGAAAGUGGAGGUGGAAGGCCCUGCUCACGAAGCUGGCGGCCUUGUAGUGGCGAAUGCUGAAAAUGCAGCAAAAGCCCCUGAGCAAGCUGCAUCAGUGACAGAGGCAUGUCCUCCCGUGGCCCCUCUGGCUGGGAACCCCGGUGGAGGUCCCCCCUUACAGGAAUCGGGAGCUAAGACCCUGCCUGUGCUGGGUGCUGGACCCACCCUCAAUGGAGAAGCAGCUUCAAAUUUGCAGCCUGGCAGACUGGUGAAGCCGACUGCGAAAGUACAAGAGGCGAAUGCUUUACCUGUUGCAGGCAUUCUUGAGAUGAAAACAGAAGAGGAGGUGGGCUUUUUGAUGGACCCUGGUGAGACUGCCACACCUGAAGGAAUGAUUAACCGUGAAAACUGGUGCCCCAUUGAACCGCUUCCAGAUCCCUCCUUGCUGAAGCCAAAGCAUCCUUGCCAUACUGCAGGAACUGAUACUUUUCUUGAAGAUGGAUUAAGUGCUGAUGGCACCUCAUCACGUGGUAUCCUUAAAGGGGGAUCUGGGAGUGAUUGUGACCUCUUUCCUUUGCCAGCUGAUGGGUUAGAUGAAGUGGACUUUGAGAAGCAGCCUGAGGAAGAGCAAUCAGUGGGAGAGAGUACAAGUUCAAGUUCCUCUGCAGAUGAUACUGUCUCCCUGGAAAGGAACUCUUCGCUUGGGAGUGACAUCUCCCUCCCUCGAGUUCUUGGACUCAGCAGGCCCAAGGAUCAGUUCAGUCCAGAUGGCAGCUGCUUCAGUGUGGCAGCAGGCGCAGAAGGCCAGGAUGGCGAGGCUUCCCUCCCCGGAGAGCUGGAUGAGGAGCUUGACAGCAUCACCGAAGUGCCGCCUCCUUCUUCUGCCCUGAGGAGCACCAUCAGGCCACCAUCUCCUUUCCGUCGGCACAGCUGGGGCCCAGGGAAAAACAGCAGCAGCGAGGCCGAGAUCAACCACCGGAGUUCAAUCCGAGUGCUGGGGGAUGCUGUACGAAAGUCUCCCACCCAUAGGAGAAGUCUGAGCUGGUGUCCCUCUGGUGUCCAGUGCACUGCCAUGGGUGCUGACUUUAAUGGUAGAAGUUACAGCUUAGAAGGCCUUGCUGGAGAGCCUGAUGUUACUAAGAAGCCACCGCCAGGUCUCGAGUCGUCAUCCCUGACCACCAAAGAUCUCCGGCAGAGCCCUCCAGCGAGUGAUGACCGGGGCUCCUUGGUCUCGCUCACUGAAGAGGAGCUGGAAUCAGAGCAAGAAGUGCAGGGCUUUGACCGUCAGAUCCGCCAAAGAGCACAGCCACGUUUCACCUACAGCACAAACCCCGUGUCUCCUCCGUUGACCAAAUCCUUGUCACUGAUGACCAUUGCCCAGGCUGGACCAGACACCCAGGGACGAACUCGGCCAUCCAGACGAAUUUCCUUCUCCUUCAGCAUCUCUCCGCUCAUUCCUAAGUCUAAAACUGUCUUUUCUAUUGGCUGUUCUUCCAGUGAUGAGGAGGAGGAGUUGGCUAGUAACAGAUCUUUCAGCAGUACCAGCAGUUCACUGAGUCAAAGCAUCUGCGAGGAAAGUGGCAAUCUCCUGCCUCCCAGCCCUUCCAGGAAAGACUUGGAAGGCAAAAGCGUAACGAAAGUCAGCCGCACGUUCAGCUACCUCAAGAAUAAAAUGUCCAGCAGUAAGAAGAGCAAAGAAAAGGAGAAAGACAAGGAGAAACUGAAAGAAAAGGAAAAAGAUUCCAAAGACAAGGACAAGAAGAUGACAAAUGGGCACCUCUUCAGCGCAACACCAACAGUGGGGCCCUUCAAUUGCCACCACUGCCAGAAGCCUUUCAACAAGGAUUCUUUGGCCUGUACAUAUUGUGGUGUUCUCGUCCAUAAAAGCUGCAAGGAGAACUUGGCUGCUUGUUCCAAGGUCAAAAUGAAGAAAACAGGACUUCAGCCGCAUGAUACUUCCUCAUUGCCCACAGUAGUCAUGAGAAGCAAGACCUCUCAACCAAAGGAAAGACCUCGAUCGGCGAUAUUAGCCCCAGAUGAGAACACUGUCACCUCCCUGUUCAAUAACAGGAGAUCCCAGCAGCUGCCCAACCCAGCCCUUUCGAAAAGUGUCUCAAUCCAGAACAUCGCUGGAGUUGGAAAUGAUGAAAGCAUGCUUCACACGUGGAAGUUCCUCUCUCAUUCGACAGAUUCCUUGAACAAAAUCUGCCGAGUGAAUGAAUCCAUGGAGUCCCUAACAGACGAAGGUGCAGACAUGAAUGAAGGCCAGCUCAUGGGAGAUUUUGAAACGGACUCAAAGCAGUUGGAAGCCCAGUCCUGGAGUCAAGUGGUAGACAGCAAGUUUCUCCGGCAGCAGAAGAAGGAUGUUGUGAAGCGGCAGGAUGUCAUCUACGAACUGAUGCAAACGGAGAUGCACCAUGUCCGCACCUUGAAGAUCAUGAGUGAUGUCUACAGCAGAGGGAUGGUGCAGGAGUUGCAGUAUGAGCAGCAGAUGGUGGAAAAAGUCUUCCCGUGCCUAGAUGACUUGUUAAAUAUCCACAGCCAGUUCUUCCAACGAAUUCUGGAGAGGAAGAAGGAGUCACUGGCAGACAGAAGCGAUAAGAACUUUGUCAUCAAGAGGAUAGGGGACAUCCUAGUGAACCAAUUUUCUUGGGAGAAUGCUGAACGAAUGAAAAAAACGUAUGGCAAGUUUUGUGGACACCAGAACGAGGCGGUAAAUUACUUCAAAGACCUGUACUCUAAGGAGAAACGGUUCCAAGCAUUCAUUAAGAAAAAGAUGAGCAGCUCCGUGGUGAGACGCCUGGGCAUUCCGGAGUGCAUCUUGCUGGUGACGCAGAGGAUCACCAAAUAUCCCGUGUUGUUACAGAGAAUACUGCAGUAUACAAAAGAAAAUGAUAUUGAACAUCAAGACCUGGUACUGUCGCUAAACCUAGUAAAGGAAGUCAUCACUGCCGUGAACAGUAAAGUCAGCAACUAUGAGAAGAAGAUGCGUCUCAAUGAAAUCUACACCCGGUCAGACAGCAAGUCCAUCAUGAGAAUGAAGAGUGGACAGAUGUUUGCCAGGGAGGACCUGCGGCGCAGGAAAUUUGUCCGGGAUGGGCCUGUCUCCCUGAAAAAUGCCGCGGGCAGAUUGAAAGAGGUCCAAGCUGUUCUUCUCUCAGAUGUUCUAAUAUUCCUUCAGGAAAAGGAUCAGAAAUAUGUAUUUGCAUCUCUGGAUCAAAAAUCCACAGUGAUCUCGCUGAAGAAGCUGAUUGUUCGAGAAGUCGCCCAUGAGGAGAAGGGCUUGUUCCUGAUUAGCAUGGGAGGGAAAGACCCGGAGAUGGUGGAGGUUCAUGCCAGCUCUAAGGAGGAACGCAACAGCUGGAUACAAAGCAUUCAGGACACAAUCAACACAAUGGAUAAGGAAGAAGAUGAAGGAGUCCCAAGCGAGCUGGAAGAGGAAAAGCGAGUGCUAGACUCCAAAGCCAGGGAACUGAAAGAGCAGCUCCAGCAGAAAGACCAGCAGAUCAUAACGCUGCUGGAGGAGAAGGAGAAGAUUUUCCGGGACUUGACGGACUGCAGCGGGCACGAAGACAGCCUGGGGGCCAGGGCGCUCUUCCGGGCCAAUACAGAGGAAGCCCCCAAGGGGGAAAGCAUCAUGAAGAGCGUGAUCAAUGAAGUUGAGCUGUUGCAGGGGCUCGUGAGCAGGAGCCUCGGAAGUGCCUUUGGGCAACAGAUGAGCAGCCUUGGCCUGGAGCAGGAGGGCGUGGGGCCCGUCUCCCUCCCCAGGAGGGCAGAGACCUUUGGAGGAUUUGACAGCCACCAGAUGAGCGCCUGCAAGGGAGGGGAGAAGGAUGAAGGAGAUGAAGUGCAGGAUCUUCGAAGAACAGAGUCCGACAGUGUUUUGAAGAAGGGAGGAAUGGCCAAUUUGAUGUUUGUCCUGAAAAGGAACAAUGAGCAAGUUCUUCAGAGCAUCACUCACCUCCAUAGCUUGCUGAGCACGUUGCAGGCGGUCGUCGUGCAGCAGGACACCUUCAUCGAGGACCAGAAACAGCUUCUGAUGGAGCGCGCCCUGAGCCGCAGCUCCUUCCGGCCCAACUCCUUGAUCGAGCAGGAGAAGCAGCGCAGCCUGGAGAAGCAGCGGCAGGAGCUGGCCAACCUGCAGAAGCAGCAGGCCCAGCACCAUGAGGAAAAGCGGCGGCGGGAGAGGGAGUGGGAGGCCCGGGAGGAAGUGCUGGUGGAGCGGGAGGGCCAGCUGGCCCAGCAGGAGGAGCAGGUCCAGAAGGGGCUGCACAGCCUGGAGAAGGAGCGGGAGGAGCUGCAGCAGAAGAAGGCCGCCUACCAGCUCGACCUGGAGCACCUCCGGGCAGCCCAGAAGCAGCUGGAGAAGGAGAAGGAGCAGCUGCGCAGGGACAUGGAGCAGCUUUCCCAGCUGCAGACAGAGCCCCGGCUUGGCCUGCUUUCUAACCAGCAUGCCAAAAUCGCCAGGACCCCCUCCCUUCCCGAGACCAUGGACCCCUCUUUCCGGCACCCGAGCUCCUCCCUGCCAAAGCAGGGCCAGUUGGACGUGGAGCUCCCUGCAUCACCCAAACGGAAUAGCCUCUCAAGGACACACAAGGAGAAGAGCGCCUUCCACUUGAUCGGGACAACGUCGUCGGGCCAGUCCAUCAAGCCAGUGGAGGGCCAUGGCCAGGCCCCCACCCGCCUCUUCGGCUUGGCCAAGCCGAAAGAGAAGAAGGAGAAGAAGAAAAAGGGCAAGGGGCACCGCUCACAGCCGGCUGAUGCUCACUCCCCAGAAGCAGCACCAGAAGGUGAGGAGAUUUUCUGCUGACCUCCCCUCUCUCUUCACCCCGUCAGGGUGAGGCCAUCAUUCUGUUUUCCUGGAUCCACGAUGAUUUAAAGCAGUGUCUGAAUGCACAGAGGAAGGAGAACAAACACUUCUGAAGGAACUCUGGAGGUGCCCAGACCGGGCGGGCUCGGUUUUAGCUGCACCCACUCUGAGAAAGAUUCCACCCCGUGUGCAAUGGUGGCUAGACAGAAGCUCCAUGUUUCUCCUCUGCUGUCCAAAGAUGAGGAAGAUGUGUCUUGAGACAGCCCAGGGGAACACCGCCAAACAUAGAAGCCCUUCAGAGCAAAAGUCAGGGCUCAUCAAGCAGUGUUUGUGCACUGGUAUAUAUAGAUAAAUUGUGUAUAUAAAUACUUAUAUAAAUAUAUACAUAUAUAAAUAAAUGUACCUGUAUAUCCUUUGGGAUAUGCUUUAAUUUUGUACAGAAAAGCUGGGUGAGCUUAGCUCAGCCCUUAAAGGGUUAGAUGAUACCUUACGAAGUGUUCAGGGACUGUAUCAAUAUUAAAUAGUUCUUUCCUUUUUGAUGCUUGGCUCAAAUGCUUUUGCCACUGGCACCUCCUCCAUAUCUGUAUUUUGAGAAUAGACAAAGGCCAGGCAGUGGCAGAGUGACCAACUCCACUUUAUUAGGGGGAGUUUUGACUAAAGAAUCUGAGGACCAAUGUGUACCUGGCAUGGCUUUGGUGGUGGGAUUUUCAGACUAGGUGCAUUGUUCUGGGGAAAUUAUCUGGAAUGUUCUGCUUGACAGAAAACAAUGUAUGCAAAUUGGCCAAGACUCCCAAGCUGAAAUAAAAUACAUGAAAGGGGUCCUCUGAAAAACCCGAUAGGCUGGUUUAGAAGCCACCUCAAAACUGCAGCAGCCCAUCUCAGCAUUAUUUGACUUGAAAACGGGAUGCAGCCCGACUUCUUGGCAUAAGAACUCCUUUCUGCUCUCAGUGUCAAGGAGCUUCCACUGGAAAGCUGCUAAUGUGCUGGAGAGAUCCGCACGAGAGAUAGUUGAGCAAUGUGGUGAUAGAUUUCCAAAAUCAAGCGGAAAAUCCCAAAUUCUUCCCUUGGCUUCUCUGACCAGGUCCAUGUGUACAUCUUCUCUUUCUCCAAAUCAUCUUGCAUCUCCAUGCUAGGAACCAUUUUUAAAGACAUGGGGGUUGUGGGAAGCGAGUGUCUACACAUUGGAUAGGAACUCAGCUGUAUAAGCAGAAGCAUAACAGUGAUGCAGGACUUCUGUCUCUCGUCUGCUUAACUUCCCUGACUUCAUUCAUUUUGUAGGACAGCCUUGUUGACGGAGUCUCAGUUAAGAAUUUCAAAAUUCCCAACUCUGUUCUAUCACUUUGUGUUAGUAUGUCACCGCCAUUUUGAAAUGAAUUUGCUCUCAUAAGGUUUAGAAAAGCCCCUCCUGUGGAAAAAAAAUAUUUUUCAGGAAUUGAUGGGUUUCAUCCUUCCACAUGGAAGUUUUCACACAAUAUCCCUUUCAAAUUUGAAUGAGGAGUAGAAAAAACCAACUUCAUGAUAAAUUUUCCAGCUCAGAAAUGUCUCUAUCCAAGUUUCCAAGGAGUUCAGCAAAAGAUCAUUUUUUCAAGACCAGAUUUUUCCUAGUCAUGCAUAUGAAUGUUUAAGUGGCAGAGCAAAUACCCAAGCAUGACAAGGCAAUGUUCUUCAUGCAGAUCCUCCAAUCCCUUCUUUACCUGUUGGCUGAGUUCAUAGAGGGAGAGCCAGUCUCCUCCUGACACACCACCAGCACCAACAGAUACAUGCUCCAAAUUCACACCUGAUGGUGCCAUUGCUGUUCUCCCCAUGGGUAACAAUAUACCCAGUUUCAGAAUCAACAUGCCUGAACCUCUGGGUGGAAUGCAUGCACACUCUGGGGCCAGUUUCUGCAAACAUGGAGGACUUUGGUUUCUUCAUCCGUUAAAGGUUAAGCUGUGCGCCUCCUUGCCCUGGGAGGAGGAAGUGUGCCAGGGAAGGGCAGGACCCAGUACAAAUGGCUAACUUGGGGUUUGGAUGAAGGAAAGUUCUGCCUUGUAUUUUGUGCCAUGGCAAAUUUAUUGCCUCGCUUAUGAGGACUUCCUAAAGACAGAGAUGCCAAGGGAAGGUAUGUCCCCAGCUAUAGUAUUUUCAACCCCAGAGGUUUCCCCCAGUAGACAGCUUGAGUGAGAUCACACACCCCCAGUCCAUGAAGGAUCUGGAAGGUUUCUUUUCCUACCACCUCUUCAGGUUUAUUUUUCAAAAACAACGGUUUGCACUAUUGUCCCAAUGCCUUCUCCCUUUUGAGCAUCUCGGGAGUUAUUUUCAGAACUUGCAAAACCGGCAUGGAAGGGUUCUGUCACAAGCCCUCAGUGCUGGGACUACAGCAGGGAUGUCAGGUUUUCCUUAACCAGCAAAGGAAUCCUCUAGCAGCUCCGCUGAAUCUGAAGCUCUUUAAAGAAUUUAUGCCCCAAAAGCAAAGUGGGAGGCAGCAAAAACAAAGUUCUACUUUCAUUGUGGUUUUAUUAUUAUUAAUGAUGCUUGUUCUUGAUUGCAAGCUGGGCUUGCAUUAAAAAAAUCUUUCUGUUUGUUUGAAAGAGGUCUGGAUUAAAAAAAAAAGAAAAACAUUUACUUAAGUUUCCUUUUCUUGUUUUGUGUUUGCUUAUUUUUAAGCUGGGCUUGUGAAACCCAAAGUAUGUGUUUUUUAUUUCUUUUGUAAAUAUUGAUUAUUGAUGCACCAUAUUAAUAAUAAUAAAAAAACAGCCUGCAGAGCAUUAAAUGCUAGGGAACAACCACUGCAGGGACCACUGCUAGGGAACAACCUCUAACAUGCAGCAUCUUUUCACCAAAGCAAGCCUAACAGGGGCCGUAGGCUUGGAGACAGACAAUGCUUUUCUCAGAAAACUGAAGGUGAAUGGAAAACUGGGCACAGUUCUCAAGGAGUAUGCUUACCCCACAUUUGCUGGUGCUAAUAGGAUUUAGAAGUUUCAGGCUUUCAAAAAACUUGUUUGGACAUGGUAGUGAAGAAAACAAUGUGUGUAACACAUGAAAAGCAAGGCUUAUCUUGAGUUUCUUUCAAUUCUUUCCAAAACUAUUGCUUGUGUCCAUCUACAUUUAGUAACGGAAGAUCUCCUUUACACAUGCGUGUCCUCACAGGCACAUGCACUGGAAUGCCAUUUUUGUCCAUGCCAAAGGCAACAAUCCACAAUUAGGUGUGUAUGUUUCCCCUCUGGAGUACAAAGUGAAUAGUUCGAUCUUGUGUUAUUUGCAUCCACUGGUCUUUGCAUGGGUGCAAAAUGGUGCAAAAAACAGUGGGAGCAAAACAGAUCUCACUUGAGGUGGGAACUUCUUAGCCAAAAACCUGUUGCUUCGGUUCCUUUUCUUCUCAGAGAAAGGAGAUUGUAUUCCACAUUAUGUUACAUAGAGGUAGGUAGUUUUCUGUAAUAUCUGAACAAACGCUGCAGGCAUUAGGAGUUCUCAUAUGCAAAGUUCUCUUCCUGUUCAGUUUGAUUACGGUUCAAAGUCUGUCAUGAUAAAUUCUUUUGGACAAGGGUGGAAUGCACUAGCAUGUCUGAUAGAAAUGUGUUGACAUGAUCCUCUCACUUGGGUUGCCUAUUUCUGGGGGAAAUCUAUCCUGUCCUGAACAAAACACUUUUAAAAAUUGUACAUCGGAGAGGGAGAGAAAGGAAAACCUAAAUUGCUACAUGUUAAUUUGUAACUAUGUAAAAAGUUAAGUAGAUCACGGACUGUAAAAAAUUCAUUUUUUCCUCUGUAAUUUGCAAAAACAAAGUCAAACAACCCAUUGAAUUUUCAUAAUAGUUUUUAUUUAUCUGUCUUUAUUGUGAGAAACAACCACUUAUAAAUUCAUUUCCCUUCCCUCUAAAUAAAUUUUGAUUUUAAGUCUAAUAA